UCUCAUCACUCCCCUUCCCAUUUCAGUUUUCAGUUUACUUCAUUUGAUCACUGAAUUGCGACUUUGCAAUCGGUAUGAAUUUACAGAGGAUGGGUAGUGCUUCUGAAGGGAAAUUAAGGUUUUGUAUAGACAGAGGGGGCACUUUCACUGAUGUUUAUGCAGAGAUCCCCGGCCGGCUCGAUGGUCGGGUUAUGAAGCUUCUCUCUGUUGACCCUUCAAACUAUGAUGAUGCCCCCGUGGAAGGGAUUCGGAGGAUCUUGGAAGAGUUCACUGGAGAGAAAAUUCCACGCAGCUCAAAGAUACCAACUGAGAAGAUUGAGUGGAUAAGGAUGGGUACAACGGUGGCGACAAAUGCUCUUCUAGAGCGAAAGGGAGAGCGGAUUGCUGUGUGUGUCACGCAAGGAUUUCGAGAUUUACUCCAGAUUGGUAACCAGGCUCGCCCCAGCAUAUUUGACCUUACUGUAUCGAAGCCGUCGAAUCUCUAUGAAGAGGUUGUAGAGGUGGAGGAGAGGGUUCAGCUUGUUCAGGGCAAGGAGGAAGAGGAAGAAAAACAGGGCGAUACUUUAUCGGUUGUUGAAGGAAUUUCUGGGGAGCUUCUUAGGAUUGUAAAGCCUCUUAAUGAAGAAGCAUUAAAGCCUGUACUUAAAAAGUUGUUGGCCAAAGGAAUUAGUUGCUUGGCUGUUGUUUUGAUGCACUCAUACACUUAUCCACAACAUGAACAACGGGUUGAGAAGCUAGCUUUGAGUCUGGGGUUCAGACAUGUCUCUAUUUCAUCUGCUUUGACUCCCAUGGUCCGUGCUGUUCCUCGUGGUUUAACAGCCAGUGUUGAUGCUUAUCUAACGCCUGUUAUUAAAGAGUACCUGUCAGGCUUCAUCUCAAGAUUUGAUGAGGGACUGGGGAAGUUGAAUGUUUUAUUUAUGCAGUCGGAUGGAGGACUUGCACCUGAGAGUAGCUUCUCGGGGCACAAAGCAAUUUUGUCUGGCCCUGCUGGUGGAGUUGUUGGUUACUCACAAACCCUUUUCGAUCUUGAAACGGAUAAGCCAUUAAUUGGCUUUGAUAUGGGAGGUACAUCUACAGAUGUUAGUCGAUAUGCAGGGAGCUAUGAGCAAGUUCUGGAAACCCAGAUUGCUGGUGCCAUAAUACAAGCACCUCAGCUUGACAUAAACACAGUGGCUGCUGGUGGUGGUUCAAAGUUGAAGUUCCAAUUUGGAGCUUUUAAAGUUGGACCAGAAUCGGUUGGAGCACACCCAGGUCCUGUAUGUUACCGGAAAGGUGGAGAGUUGGCAAUUACAGAUGCUAACCUUAUUCUAGGAUAUGUUAUUCCUGAUUAUUUCCCAUCCAUAUUUGGGCCAAAUGAAGACCAGCCUCUUGAUGUCAACUCUACAAGAAAAGAGUUUGAGAAACUUGCCGAGCAAAUAAAUGCUCACAGAAAGAACCAGGAUCCAACGGCUAAAGACAUGGCAGUGGAAGAGAUUGCCCUUGGUUUUGUGGAUGUUGCUAAUGAGACAAUGUGUCGACCAAUAAGGCAGUUGACUGAAAUGAAGGGCCAUGAGACCAAGAACCAUGCGCUUGCUUGCUUUGGAGGUGCUGGACCUCAGCAUGCAUGUGCCAUAGCUAGGUCACUAGGUAUGAAGGAAGUGCUCAUUCACAAAUUUUGUGGGAUAUUAAGUGCUUAUGGCAUGGGAUUGGCAAAUGUUGUGGAAGAGGCACAAGAGCCUUAUUCUGCAGUGUAUGGAGCCGAAUCUACACUUGAGGCUUCACAACGUGAAGCUGUAUUAGUGGCACAGGUAAAGCAGAAGUUGCAAAAGCAAGGAUUUAAAGAGGAAAGCAUUUCAACAGAGACAUAUUUAAAUCUGAGAUAUGAGGGUACAGACACUGCAAUCAUGGUCAAAAGACAUACAACUGAGGAUGGAAAAUUGUGUGACUAUGCUACCGAAUUUGUAAGAUUGUUUCAGCAGGAAUAUGGAUUUAAACUCCAGAACAGAAAGAUUGUAAUUUGUGAUGUUAGAGUUCGUGGUAUAGGAGUCACUAAUAUAUUGAGGCCACAGGCCAUAGGAUCUGCAUCCACAAGUCCUAUAGUUGAAGGCAAAUAUAAGGUUUACUUUGGAAAUGGUUGGCAGGAAACACCCCUCUAUAAGCUGGAGAAGCUGGGUUCUGGGCAUGUGAUCUUAGGGCCUGCGAUUAUCAUGAAUGGAAAUAGCACUGUGAUUGUAGAACCCAACUGUAGAGCCACUAUAACAAAAUACGGAAACAUCAAGAUAGAAAUUGAUUCCCCGUUGAGCAGUGUUAAAAUAUCUGAUAAAGUUGCGGAUGUUGUGCAGCUCUCCAUCUUCAAUCACAGAUUUAUGGGUAUAGCUGAGCAGAUGGGAAGGACUUUACAAAGAACUUCUAUUUCUACAAAUAUCAAAGAACGGCUAGAUUUUUCUUGUGCACUGUUUGAUCCUAGUGGGGGCCUGGUUGCAAAUGCCCCUCAUGUUCCAGUCCAUCUAGGAGCUAUGUCUACUACAGUUCGGUGGCAGCUCAAUUACUGGGGUGACAAUUUGAACGAAGGAGAUGUAUUGGUCACUAAUCAUCCUUCAGCUGGAGGUAGCCAUCUUCCUGAUAUUACUGUCGUCACACCUGUAUUCUUCAAUGGAAAGUUGGUAUUCUUUGUGGCAAACAGAGGGCAUCAUGCGGAAAUUGGGGGUAUUACUCCUGGAAGCAUGCCUCCAUUUUCAAAGUCCAUAUUGGAGGAAGGUUCUGCUAUUAAGACAUUUAAGCUUGUGGAAAAAGGUGUCUUCCAAGAAGAAGGAAUUAUAAAUCUUCUCCAGUGCCCAGGAACUGAUAAGCAGGGAAAUAAGGUACCAGGAACUCGUAGGAUUCAGGAUAACUUAUCAGAUCUUCAUGCACAAGUAGCAGCAAAUCAGAGAGGAAUUUCUCUUGUCCAAGAGCUCAUUGAGCAGUAUGGUCUGGAAACAGUUCAGGCUUACAUGAACUAUGUACAGAAGAAUGCAGAAGCAGCAGUAAGAGAGAUGCUGAAGUCAGUUGGUCGUAGAAUCUCCUCUGAAUCAAAUGAAAAUGGAGCGACUAUUGAAGAAGAGGACUACAUGGACGAUGGAUCUGUUAUCCAUUUGAAAUUGAGCAUUGAUUCAAACAAAGGAGAAGCAGUUUUUGAUUUUGGUGGGACGAGCGCUGAGGUCUAUGGUAACUGGAACGCACCCGAAGCUGUAACGGCUGCAGCUGUCAUAUACUGUGUCCGCUGUCUGGUGAAUAUCGAUAUUCCUCUGAAUCAAGGCUGUUUGGCUCCAGUCAAGAUUCUUAUUCCGGAAGGCUCGUUUCUGUCUCCUAGUGAUAGUGCUGCUGUAGUAGGAGGUAAUGUCCUCACCUCUCAGAGGAUAACCGACGUCAUAUUUACUGCAUUUCAGGCCUGUGCUUGUUCACAGGGUUGUAUGAAUAAUCUCACAUUUGGAGACAACACAUUUGGUUACUACGAAACAAUUGGUGGCGGGAGUGGGGCUGGUCCUUCAUGGGAUGGGACCAGCGGUGUACAGUGCCACAUGACGAACACACGCAUGACUGAUCCGGAAAUAUUUGAGCAAAGAUAUCCAGUUAUUCUUCACAAGUUCGGACUUCGAGAAAACAGUGGGGGAGAUGGAGUUCACAGAGGUGGUGAUGGGCUUCUCAGAGAAAUAGAGUUCAGGCGCCCCGUAAUUGUUAGCAUUCUUUCUGAGAGACGUGUUCAUGCACCAAGAGGGCUCAAGGGUGGGAAAAAUGGCGCCCGUGGUGCUAACUACCUGAUAAAGAAAGAUAAAAGAAAGAUUUACCUCGGUGGUAAGAAUUCAGUUGAGGUGCUUCCAGGAGAAAUUCUUCAAAUUUUGACUCCUGGUGGCGGGGGUUGGGGUUCUCCAUUGUAGAAUUAUGAGCUUCAUACUUCAUGUUAUGGAAAAUCAGCUUUGGGUCUGCAUAUGCAGAUUCGUGUGGCCAAGGGCAAAGCAAAUGUACGAUGUCUUGUAAUAUAAAUGAGUCCUUUUCUUCCUUUCAAGAAGUGCGGCAGAAACAGAUGCUUGCUCCUGAAGAUUGAGAAAAGGCAUCUAAACAGAAUCCAAGAUCUAUAUCUGGUGAUUCCUUCUCUCUAAAUGAAGAAAAUAUGAUCAGAAGUUGUGGAUUCUUUACAUGCCAAAAGAGAUGUUGGAGGAACAGUCUAAAAAGUUUGACAAACCUUAUAUAAUUGAAGCUCUCAAGAACAUUGAAGAAUUAUAUUCCCGGCUGGAUAAUUGCUCUAGUUCUGAUGCCAUCCUAGUUGUCAACCACAUUCGCAAAAGCAAUCCAAUCACACUUGCAUUAUUGUAGGAAUUCUUAAUCCUUCCAAUAUUUAUUUUUGUUCUUGAAAGCUAUGUAGCAAGUUUGAGAUCAAAAUUAAAUUCAUUCGACAAAAUCACUCAAUAUUCAACAAAACUCUAAAUU